CAAUCCUCACCACUCACCUCCCCAUCACCGAACUCGCCAGCUCACAGCGCAUCCUCGCGCAUCCUCGCGCAUCAUCGUCCCUCAGCUUUGCCCUUUUGGAUUACCGUUAUUGGACCGUAUUGGACAGGACUGCCCACCCAAGAGUAUUUGUUCUCAGGACUCCGCCUCCCUCUUGGAUCUUCCAGGCUUUUCUCACCCCCCGUCUUGUGCAACAUUCCAUUCCAGGCUACCACGGUCAUAGUGCGUGACUUGCGCCCAUACACCCGUUUCCUCGUCGUCGGCCAUCCUCCUUUCUUCUCUCUUCUCUCACCUUGUUUUCCAUCGGACUCGUGCCAUCAUGUCGAGAAGAGACACAGACCGGGACAGACGCGCUGCGGCUUCGGCUCGUACGAAUGAGUAUUUCGUUCCCAAGGAUGGUAUUGACCGAGAAGUCAUCACGGCAGAUAUCUGUCGUUAUCUUGGGAACGAUGCUCUCGUACGGCCAGGUAACUACGAGAACCCACAGACUCGACAAGUGCAAGCAGGCUACUUCAUCAACGCAUACCGAAAUCUCACGACUGCCAUGAUCGCAGAUCUGAAAGCGGAUUCAGCAAGAUGGGAAGCCGAGCGGCGACAGACCGCCUCGAGAGGACAGCCUGCUAAUGGUAUCUCUCUGCGAGACUCGAACGGUAUUGUUCGAAAAUCUAACACACCUACAGUGGGUUAUCGUGAUUCUGCCACACAUCAAACCCGUCAGUACUAUGGUCCCUCGGAAGCACAACCCACCACAGGAUAUCCAUCCAGCGGCGGCUCAAGCACCCCGUUGGGAGAUGCAUAUGACAAUGGAUCCCAAUUCCAACAACAAAACUAUGCCCAACCGGCUUCAGGAUAUACUCAACCUACAGGAUAUGCCGUUCAGGACACUUACUAUGCCGGAGCAGAUUACGUAGCUGACCAGCCACGUUCUUCCCGUGUUCCUGUUACUUCUUCCAUCACUGUUCCCAGGAGUAAUGCAUAUGCUCCAGCUCCUACUUACCAACAGCCUGACUCACGGGCUGCUUACUAUUCUGGCCCUCCACCAGUAAACCCAACUCAGCAAGUCUAUGCCACGCCGCAAGAUCCAUACUAUGGUCGUGGCGCUUCAUCAUACGACACCCAGGAUGCUUAUGACAGCCGAUCAUACCAGGACACAGGAUACAGCCAAGCUCCUUUAGCUUCUUCUUCAAAUAUCCCUGCCACCUCGAAUACUUCAUCCAGGCGUGAGCGUGAAAGAGAACCAGAUCGUGACAGCAGAAGUCAUCACGGCCGUCGCCGCUAGACUUUUCCACCACUGGACUUUCCACGGAACAUUCUUGGGACCUAUCGGCCCGCAUUGCUUGGCGUUUUUUCAUUAUAUUGUUUUCUCGGAGUCCCUAAUCUGGAUCAAUCCACUGGACAGGUGCCUAUUCAUGGAACCAGACCAUUGUUCUGAAAUGCUCCAGUCUAUGAAAA